AUGCAACUCAUGCUCCCAAAGCUUUUCAAGCUGCUCUACAUGCAUGACAAGGACGUCCUAUUCAACCCGGCAUUCUUCGAACCGCGCCGCGCCAAUGCUAUCGGUGCCACCCUUAUCAUGCCAAAGCCAGUCACUCAGUACAAGGACAAGGCAGUUGAACCCGGAUAUAAGAUUGGUGUUAGGGGUAACGGUGUUGAUAAGCCCAUGUGGCCUGAGGACCUAUCAGUAGAGAUCGUACAGUAA